GUGACCGAGGCGGCUCCAGCAGCAGCAGCAGCCAGCCGGAGAGAGAGAAUGUCAAGCAGCCCUGAAGACAGCCGCUCCAGGGGCGGCGGCUCCAGCUGUGACUUAAAACUGGCCUCCUCGAGCAACACAUCCCCGGAGGGUGGACCUCCACCACCGCUGCACCAGAACCGGAUACGGCAGUCGGACAGUAACACCAGCUUCCUGCGGGCUGCCAGAGCGGGAAACAUUGACAAAGUCCUGGACUUCCUGAAGAACGGAGUGGACAUCAGCACCUGUAACCAGAAUGGUCUGAACGCUCUUCACCUGGCUGCUAAAGAGGGACACAAGGAUUUAGUGGAGGAGCUGCUGGAGAGAGGGGCACCUGUUGACUCUUCCACAAAGAAAGGAAACACUGCCCUCCAUAUUGCCGCGUUGGCCGGACAAAAAGAAGUGGUCAGACUGCUGGUGAAGAGAGGAGCAGAUGUCAACUCACAGUCACAGAAUGGCUUCACUCCAAUGUACAUGGCAGCGCAGGAGAGUCACCUGGAGGUGGUGAGAUUCCUGUUGGAAAAUGAAGGGAACCAAAGCAUCGCAACAGAGGACGGCUUCACCCCUCUGGCCAUCGCUCUCCAGCAGGGCCACAACUCCGUGGUCUCCCUUUUGCUGGAGCACGACACCAAGGGGAAGGUCCGCCUCCCGGCCCUGCACAUCGCGGCCCGCAAGGACGACACAAAGUCUGCCGCACUGUUGCUCCAGAACGACCACAAUGCCGACGUCCAGUCUAAGAUGAUGGUCAAUAGAACCACAGAGAAUGGGAAGAGUGGGUUCACCCCUCUGCACAUCGCCGCUCACUACGGUAACGUGAAUGUCUCCACGCUGUUGCUGAACAGAGGAGCUGCUGUGGACUUCACAGCCCGGAAUGGGAUAACACCUCUCCAUGUGGCCUCCAAGAGAGGCAACACCAACAUGGUGGCCCUGCUGUUGGACCGAGGGGGUCAGAUAGACGCUAAAACCAGGGAUGGACUCACUCCCCUGCAUUGCGCAGCCAGGAGUGGCCAUGACCCAGCAGUGGAGAUUCUGCUGGAGAGAGGAGCUCCCAUCUUAGCCAGAACCAAGAACGGACUGUCCCCGCUGCACAUGUCGGCCCAGGGUGACCACUUGGAGUGUGUGAAGCUGCUGCUGCAGCACAAGGCGCCUGUCGAUGAUGUCACGCUGGACUACCUCACGGCGCUGCACGUCGCAGCUCACUGUGGCCACUACAGAGUCACCAAGCUUCUGCUGGACAAGAAGGCCAAUCCCAAUAUCAGAGCACUGAAUGGUUUCACGCCUCUGCAUAUCGCCUGUAAGAAGAACAGAGUGAAGGUGAUGGAACUCUUGGUCAAAUAUGGAGCCUCCAUUCAGGCCAUCACUGAGUCUGGUCUGACGCCCAUCCACGUAUCUGCCUUCAUGGGCCACCUCAACAUUGUUUUACUCCUGCUGCAGAACGGAGCUUCUCCCGACGUCCGUAACAUCCGUGGUGAGUCAGCUCUCCACAUGGCAGCACGAGCGGGUCAGAUGGAAGUGGUGCGUUGUUUGCUGAGAAACGGAGCGUUGGUGGAUGCUGUGGCCAGGGAGGACCAGACUCCCCUACACAUCUCCUCCCGCUUGGGGAAAACUGAUAUAGUCCAGCUGCUGCUGCAGCACAUGGCUCAUCCAGAUGCUGCCACCACCAACGGCUACACUCCUCUCCACAUCUCAGCCAGGGAGGGCCAGGUAGAGACAGCUGCUGUGCUGCUGGAGGCCGGAGCUUCACACUCCCUGGCCACGAAGAAAGGAUUCACUCCGUUACAUGUAGCAGCAAAGUACGGAAACCUCGAUGUAGCAAAACUUCUUCUUCAACGCAAAGCUCUCACUGACGACGCUGGGAAGAACGGUCUGACUCCGCUACAUGUGGCAGCUCAUUACGACAACCAAGAAGUUGCCCUGCUGCUGCUGGAUAAAGGGGCGUCGCCUCAUGCUACUGCGAAGAAUGGCUACACUCCUCUCCACAUUGCAGCCAAAAAGAACCAGAAGAACAUUGCGUUAGCACUGCUGCAGUACGGAGCAGAGACCAACAUUCUGACCAAGCAGGGGGUCAGCCCGCUCCACCUGGCAGCCCAGGAAGGACACGCUGAGAUGGCCAGCCUGCUGCUGGGCAAAGGAGCUCACGUCAAUGCAGCCACCAAGAGUGGACUCACACCUCUACAUCUCUCUGCCCAAGAGGACAGGGUCAGUGCAGCAGAAGUACUGACCAAACAUGAUGCCACCUUGGAUCAGCAAACUAAGCUUGGAUACACCCCUCUGAUUGUCGCCUGUCACUAUGGAAACGCUAAGAUGGUGAACUUCCUCUUACAGCAAGGUGCCAGUGUCAACGCCAAAACCAAGAAUGGAUACACACCCCUUCACCAGGCAGCACAACAAGGGAACACACACAUUAUCAACGUGUUGCUACAACAUGGUGCAAAGCCAAAUGUUACCACAGUGAACGGAAACACGGCUCUGUCUAUCGCCCGACGUCUGGGUUACAUCUCUGUGGUGGACACUCUGAAAGUGGUGACGGAGGAGGUCAUCACUACCACAACGACGGUCACAGAGAAACACAAACUGAAUGUCCCUGAGACCAUGACGGAGAUCCUUGAUGUGUCCGAUGAAGAAGGCGAGGACACCAUGACAGGGGAUGGAGGAGAGUAUCUGAGGGCCGAGGAUCUCAGAGAGCUGGGAGACGACUCUCUGCCAGGACACUACCUGGACGGCUUCAGCUACAUGAGCCACAACCUAGACAGGCCACAACUCACUCCCAUUCAUUCAAGUUUCCAUCAGAGAGAAGGAGUUCUCAUAGAAGACAUGAUAACCAGCCACCAGGUUUCAGCACUGGCCAAAGAGCAUGACAAGGAAUCGUUCCGUCUGAGCUGGGGUGCUGAGCACCUUGACAACGUGGUGCUGUCCUCCAGUCUGCUACACUCUGGCCGUUCCUCUCCGUGCCUAGACCAUGACAACAGCAGCUUCCUGGUCAGCUUCAUGGUAGAUGCGAGGGGCGGGGCCAUGCGCGGCUGCCGUCACAAUGGCCUGCGAAUCAUUGUACCGCCGAGAAAGUGUUCUGCACCCACGCGGGUGACCUGCAGGCUGGUGAAGAGACACCGUCUGGCCUCCAUGCCUCCUAUGGUGGAGGGUGAGGGGCUGGCUGGUCGCAUCAUAGAAGUGGGACCAACCGGUGCCCAGUUCCUGGGUAAGCUCCACCUUCCCACAGCUCCUCCCCCUCUAAAUGAGGGAGAGAGCCUGGUCAGUCGCAUCCUGCAGCUGGGUCCUCCAGGAACCAAGUUCCUCGGGCCUGUCAUUGUGGAGAUCCCCCAUUUCGCAGCUUUGCGGGGUACAGAAAGAGAACUAGUGAUCUUGAGGAGCGAAACAGGGGAGAGCUGGAGGGAGCACCACUGUGACUUCACAGAGGAGGAACUGAACCAGAUACUUAACGGCAUGGAUGAAAAACUUGAUUCCCCGGAGGAGCUUGAAAAGAAAAGAAUAUGUCGCAUCAUCACCCGAGACUUCCCGCAGUAUUUUGCAGUCGUGUCGCGGAUAAAGCAGGACAGUCAUUUGAUUGGCCCAGAGGGCGGGGUCCUCAGUAGCACUCUGGUGCCCCAGGUCCAGGCUGUCUUCCCUGAAGGUGCCCUCACCAAGAAGAUCAGAGUUGGGCUACAGGCUCAGCCCAUUGAUAUCGAGUCGGUGAGGAAGAUUCUUGGUAACAAAGCCACAUUCAGCUCGAUCGUCACAUUGGAGCCACGAAGAAGGAAGUUCCACAAGCCAAUCACCAUGACGAUCCCUAUUCCUAAGAGCUCCAAUAGUGAUGGGCAAAGCACUGAGUUCAUUGGCGAUACCCCCACAUUACGGUUGCUUUGCAGUAUUACCGGAGGAACAACUCCUGCCCAAUGGGAGGACAUCACAGGUUCCACACCUCUCACCUUUGUUAACCAAUGUGUGUCCUUCACCACAAACGUGUCGGCGAGGUUUUGGUUGAUAGACUGCAGACAGACCCAAGAGUCUGUUAGUUUUGCCUCUCAGCUGUACCGGGAGAUCAUCUGCGUUCCUUACAUGGCCAAGUUUGUCAUUUUCGCUAAGACACUUGAUCCCAUUGAGGCUCGCCUGCGCUGUUUCUGUAUGACAGACGACAAGAUGGACAAAACCCUGGAGCAACAAGAGAACUUCACUGAAGUGGCCCGUAGCCGAGAUGUUGAGGUGCUGGAGGGAAAACCUAUAUUUGCUGACUGCUUUGGAAACCUGGUGCCUCUAACAAAGAGUGGACAGCACCAUGUGUUCAGCUUCUUUGCCUUCAAAGAGAACCGACUGGCCCUCUUCAUCAAAAUUAGAGACACGGCACAGGAUCCAUGUGGUCGCUUGUCCUUCACCAAGGAACCACGCACAUACCGUAGUCUUACCCACAAUGCAAUCUGCAACCUUAACAUCACUCUCCCAACAUACUCAAAGGAGUCUGAUUCAGACCAAGAUGCAGACGAUGAGAGCGAGAAGAGUGACAAGAAAUUGGAUUGGCAGGAUGAUGCUGACAGAAAAGAGGAGACAUUAGCGAUCGUUGCAGAUCUACUUGGCUUCAGCUGGACGGAACUAGCAAGAGAACUUGAAUUCAGUGAGAAUGAUAUCCAGUUGGUGAGGACAGAGAAUCCUAAUUCCCUACAAGAACAGAGCCAUGCUUUACUCCAACGCUGGGUUGAGCGGGAAGGCAAACAUGCCACAGAGGACUGUCUGAUUAAAAGACUAACCAAGAUCAACCGCAUGGACAUUGUCCAUCUAAUUGAAACCCAGAUGAACAAGUCAGUUCAAGAGCAAACAUCUAGAACGUAUGCAGAAAUCGAAAAGACCCUGGAUCAUAGUGAAGUAUCGGUAGCCCUAUCUUCAGUCCAAGACGAUGCAGACAGCCCCAGAAUUAUAAGAAGGGUGGAAUCAGACCGUAGACCACCCCCUGCUGUUUCUGAAGAGGACCUUUCGGUUGCUUCCCUACUGGACAUUCCUUCCUGGGCAGAGCCUGUUGGAAACAUCAGCUCUGAGAGCAUGCACUGUGACCUUCUGGAAGAGCUAGAGAUCCCACAUGAAUUGAACCCUAACCUGUGGACCUCUGAGGAUAUUAUUACCCAAGGACCUACAAGUUAUGACAACUCAGAUGAGCAAGCUGAUGAAAUGCCCGACCUCCCCACUCAGUCUGUGACUGAAGAAAAGUACAAGGAUGAAAACGGACACAUCGUGGUGAAAAAGGUUACCAGAAAAAUCAUUCGCAAGUGUGUAUCUGCGGAUGGUGUGGAGCUUGAAGAGGUUUUGAUUGAAGGAGCUCCCCAGGGGUCCCUACGUGUGGCAGAGGGAGAUGGAUACUCUAAGUUGGUGAAGCGGACUGUACUGAAGAGCGAAGGAGACCACACAGAGGUAACAUUUGUUGAGUGUGAAGGGUUUUCUGCAUCAAAACAAGAGACAGCUGAAGGUGGAAAGGUCAGAUGCACAGAAAGGACAACGGUAGUCGAGGGUGAAAGGACAAUGACACAUCAAGGGGAUCCAUCCUUGGCCUCUGACCUCCCCUCAGCCAACGAUGACUUCAAACAGGCAUUAGGUUAUAUGAGUGGUUUUAGCAGAACAGAGCUCCCUCAUGUGGUAGAAAGAGAGACUGUCAAGGAAGAUGGAACUGUGGUCAGGAGGGCCCACAUGCGUAAAGGUCGGACCCUCAGACGAACAGUGGUGAAGGGAGCUGGGCAGCGCAAACAGGUCCUUCUAGAGCAAGUGGACAACCCCAGAAAAGGGUCAAAAACACAUGAUCUCCAGCAGCAUCUCCAGCAGCUCUUUCACCGCUACUAUGAAGAAGAAUCGGAGGACACCGAUGAGGACAUAGAGGAGGAGGACGAGUAGAAGAAUGUGUAACACUCUCCCCCCACUCCCUGGCUCUGCCCAUGCUAAAGAAUCCCCUCCUCCCCCCUCCCUGUAAUCCUAUGCAUUAGCCACAUGCAAUCCCAGUGUGCAUCACUGCACCCUAAAGCUACCACAGUCUUCCCGUUACAGUCCUGGAAGAUGAGCUUUUUGUUCACACUUUGGAGUCGUCUUCCUAAGCUAGAAUAAUGUCCUCAUCAUUUUCCUUUUCAUGUUCUGAUGCUGUUUUACCUUCUUUUUUUUUUUUUGUGACCAAAGAAAGCCUUCUGUCGUUUCCCUGAUUACUUUCCACAUCAGAAUUGUCUUUGAUAUGUUUGUCUUGAUGCUGCGGUGAAGCAACAACAACAACAAGAGAAAAAAAAUGAAAAAGAACACUAUUUACAUCGACUAACUCACAAACCUCCCGAGGGUAAGGACCACUUCACGUGCAAAAUACUGGUAUUACUCUCCGAGUAGGUGCUUGGACUUUAAAGACAGUAUCCCACACUGCACUGCCUCUCACAACUACAGUUUCUCAGAUAUUGCUCACCCCACCCCCCAUUAAAAAAAACGGUCUCACUCACUGUACUAGCCUGUUUGCUCUUCUGAUUCAGGUGAUGAAGAUGUCACACAGAGGAAAACCCGACUGUAUCGACACUGAAUUUAACUACUGCUGCUGCUGCUGUGUUUUGUGUAGGCUAUGUGUAACCUGUCCUUGGGAAUUAUAUAUUAUCUAUAAUCUAGACAUCAGUAGCCUAGGAACUAAUAAUCACUCAUGUGAAGUAGAGCAGGCAUGACUAAUCAACAUCUUGUCAUUUUGAUCCCAGCUUUGACUGCUUUGUAGUUCGACAGAUUGCCCUUUCUCUGCCUCUCUUUUCUCUUCUCUGUGAGUCUUUCUUUCUCUGUCAUCACGUUUCUUUUCUUUUCUGUUCUCUGUCUUUUUCUCUUAAAUUGUUAGAAAUGGACUAAUUGAUAAUGUUGGAUGAAUGUGUAGAUGAGUGUGUGUGUGUGUGUGUGUGUGUGUGUGUGUGUGUCCAUGCAUGUGUGUAAUGCUGCGUUGUCAGCUAGUUUGAAGAGGGUAUUGUCUAAGUGGUGUUUAGCUCCUGUGUUUUUUAAAUUGUAUUAUUAUUUUAUUUUUGUUUGUUUGUUUUUGACAAGUAGAGACAAUCUUGAUUUUU